GCUAGCAUUAAUUUGCAUGAGGAACAGAACGCGCAUCCACUAGGAAAGAAUAAAGCUAAGCUAAUUAAGAAAAUGUCAACCUUAAGGUUUACUGCAAAGCUUCCUGAAUAUCUGAUCUCCGCCGGAGCGGCCACAGCCAGAAGGAGUACUUGGAUCGCUAGGGGUAAUUUUGUCAGUGCUGCCCCAAGACCAUUGCAAUACUCUGAGAAGGAUAAAGAUCAGGAUGCAGAUGCACAUGAGAGGACGAUAGAAGCUGCGGAGGCAGUCACAAAAGGGGCAAGAGAAGUGAGGCAGACCUGCGAAUUCUUAAGGGACACCGCCAGUUCUACUGCCAAAAGUGCCACCAAAAUGACCGAAAAAGUAUCUGAAACAGCGGAAAACAUCACAGAGAAGACAAAGGGCACGGUCUCCGGCGUAUGGGGAACAGCCAAGAAUGCCGCCGAGAUUAUCAAGGACAAAGUUCUGGACAAGGACUAAUUAAUAUUGGAGCAUUAUCGUGAUCAACAACAUGUGAAGCCUUGAUCUAAAACCCUAUAUACAUCUAAAUUAUUAUUGCUUAAUUAAAUUCACGCAUAAUUGUUUUCUUGUACGUAUGUACCUUUAAUUUCAUUAUUUAUCCUAGAUUAAUUUUGUUU